UAGCUCAGACGCGCCUGAUAGAAAGCAGUAAACUAUGCAGGAUAUGUCUCAGUGACUGAACAGAAUUUAUCCUCUCCGCAGCGAUAAGAAGUUCGGCGCCUGUGAGCUCCUGUGUGACCGUGAACGCAACUAUAUCACCCUCCACCUGCACUUAAUUGUUUCGGAGUUUUGCUCUCGGUGUCUGUGGGGCGCGUAACUUCCAGCAGAGGACAAGCACUGGGAUUGUGGGGCACUCCGGCACAGGACGGGACAUCGUGUGCGCCAGGCGUCAGGCAGAGGAGUCAACAAGUGGCUCUCAUUUGCGGGAAGAGGAGGGAGAUUAUGAAAGAGUCAAGUUGCUGAAUGGAAAGUUAAUGUGGACUUUUCUAGUCGGUAUUUAAAGUGAGUGAUAGUUUGUUUGAGCCUCUGGAAGGUGACGAGGACAUAGUUUUUAAGUGUUUACGCAUUUGUUAUCAGCAUGAGUGGACCGGUGGUUUUCCAGAUGUGGAUGGUUUUAUUGUUGGGGACUAUAACAGGGGUCGCGAGGGCUCAGGUCUCUACUGCCAAAGUGAUGAGGGGCAACAUCAGGAGAGACGACAGCAAUCACCUCACCACAGACUUGUACCGCAAGGAGGAAAACAUCACAGUCACGCCAGUGGGUGGAGCCGUCCACAGCCCACGCUACCCCAACGCUUACCCCCGCAAUCUGCUGUUGUCAUGGAAACUGCUGUCGCCACCAGGGAGCCGCAUUCACCUGGAGUUUGACGGACACUUCGGUCUGGAGGAGGCUGAGAAUGGAGUGUGCAGGUAUGACUUUGUUGAAGUGGAGGACCAAUCCGAGACCAGCACUAUAAUUUGGGGUCGCUGGUGUGGGCAGAAGGCACCGCCUAGUCUCAACUCCAAAACCAACCUGCUCAGAGUCACCUUCAAGUCUGACGAUUACUUUGUUGCAAAGCCAGGAUUCAAAGUCUACUACUCACUGCUGUAUGACUCUCCUUUGCCUGCAUCCAACACCAACUGGGAGGCUGUCACCAUGCCCAUGUCGGACAGUGUUGUAGGGCAAAUGCCAGCCACAGUCACACAGGUUCCGUUCUCAUUGGAGGAUUUGGACCGGACCAUAGCUGCCUUUGACACUGUGGAACAGCUCUUCAGAUCCCUGAGCCCAGACACCUGGAGACAGGACCUGGACAGCAUCUACACUCAAACACACAUACAUUACAGAUCCAGGGCCUAUCAUCUGGCAAGCAGACAUAAUAAAGUUGAUCUGAACCGUCUCUAUGACGACGUAAAGCGGUACAGCUGUACGCCUCGCAACUACUCUGUGAACCUGCGCGAGGAGCUGAGGGUCACCAACGCCGUCUUCUUCCCGCGAUGUCUGCUGGUCAAACGCUGUGGAGGCAACUGUGGCUGCGGAACAGAGAACUGGAACAACGGGUGCAUCUGCCAGGCCUCCAAGACGACACUCAAACUACAUGAGGUGCUGAAAUACUCCCCAGAGGUCACUCUGCAUCAGCGCCAUCGGAGGCCACGGGUGCGCUGGAUCAUAGAUGAGAUCUUCCUCACACACCAUGAAAAGUGCGAGUGUGCGUGUCCCUCCCAGCCCCCUCGCUGAGACACCCUGACCGGCACAUUCAUCUGGAACUGUUGGACAAGUUCUUCUUUUUAUCUUUUUUGCUACGAACUUCAUAUAAUUACAGCAACGCAGACACACGCGCCGCAAAGAAGGCGGCAACAAUUUGACUGACAAACAGCAGCUAGCACCAUUCAGUGACAUUUGUUCUUGCAGAUAAACCACCUCCCUUCCUCUGUACACAGGCUAAACUUGUAAUGCAUAAAUAUUUCCAGCCCAACAAGUUUGUUAUUUAACAUUCCUACAGCUUGGAGUCUAAAUUUUCCCUGUUUCAAUCAGUUUUUUCCUUCAAAAACUACACACAAAAGAUUCUUUGGACUACAAAAAAAUACCAUUCCAUGCUAUUAAAAACAUAACACCAAUGUUGCAUCAAACUUACAUCGUGAUUUGAGGAGUUUAAUGGAUGCCAACUUAAUUGGAUUGAUAUUUAAUUGACUUCAACCACUGUGUAAACAGUUUUUCAUUCCUAUUUCAUGUGUAUGUUUUUGCAUUCCGUCGUGUUAUAUAAAGAGCGUUUGUAGAAACUUCAGGCACUUCUUCUGCCAGGAGCACACUGAGAUGAGUGAGCGUGAGACAGAAGGAGGGAGGGAGAGGGGUUGGAAGUGUAAACCAAAAUAACACUUUAUCUUGAUGUGAAAUUAGGCUAACCACAACCCUCCAGAUCUGAAUUGCACACUAACGCACUCACACACAUUCGCUCUAGGCUUCCGCGCCCACCUAAAGACAAAAAGUGAAGUUAUUUAUACUGAAUUCUUCACUGCUCUAUUUUCCAGUGAAGCCCUCCUUUGUUUUGCACACAUUCCUGCCUGCAUAUAUUCACGCUUGCCUUUGUCUGUCCUUCCAUCCAUACGUGUCUUUUCUUUCUUUCUCACUGCAUCGCACACACACAUACUCUCCCUUCAUCACACACUCUCUAACACAUCAAAGGAGAUGUCAGAUCAGGCUGCUGCCCGGUUUUCUGAGCGUUCCAGGCAUUCCAACUGCUAACUAGAAUUCUGCUUACAUAGUUAAAACCAUGAACCUCAGACCCUGAACACGUAAGAGGAAAGAGAGUUGUUUAGGAGAGGCGGCUGACAGAAGAGGGACAAUCAAGCCUCCUGUUCGUAGAUUACCGGCACUCCUGGAUGGGAGAUGAGAGAGGAGCCACUUCGGAGACACAACACAAAAAAGAUUGCAGCUACUUCAGCAGGUUCAAUCAGCAUGUUCAUUUUUUGCGCUUGCCUGAUUUUUUUGUCAAGCUGCUUUUACUCCUCGCAAAGAUGCUCACAUGUAUCACAAUCUGACCCGCUGCUUUGCAAGUCUGCUGCAGCACCACAGUGAAAAGAGAUCUGUGGGAAUUAGAGUCAUGUUGUUAGUCUCUGCUGAAAAUACCACUGAUAAUUGAGAGUGUGUGUGUGUGUGUGUGUGUGUGUGUGUGUGUGUGUGCAUGUGAGUGCCAGUCUGCCUGUAACAGCUCAGGAAGAGGUCCUUUUGUUUAAGGGGUGGAGGGUUACCAACAGUCUGUGAGAGCUGGCAGCCGAUACAAGCAUGGGAAUGGUCGGCAUGUGACUGUGCGUGCAAGUGCGUGCAUAUGUGUGUGUGUGUGUGUGUGUGUGUGUGUGUAGGUAGCUAGAGUAUCAAAGCAAUAGAGCAAGAAUUCAAAGUAACAGCUUAUCAUUGCCAAACACAUGACCCAGCUGUGAGGAAUAAAUCAUCAGUCAUCUCUCCAUCAUCACCUCCCAUGUGUCACACGCUCAGGCCCGCUUACAGGCCAGAUUUACACAGAAAAUGGGAUUUUACACACUACUUUUGUUCUAAAGACAGACAAAAAAAGAGAAUAACCGGACACUGAGACGAUUCCGCGGUCACAGUGAAACCCGAUCAGCUGUGUGCCGGCGCUCUUUCAUGUGCAUGUGUGCGCUGUAAGUCACGGGUUUUAUUUGGCAGGUGUGGGAUACAAAACACCCUUCAAUGGUCCAAAAGUGUGUCAGGUUGUGCGGUAGUCACAUUCCAAGUAAUUUCCCAGACAGACAGACAGACAGACAGACACACACACACACACACACACACACACACACACACACACACACAGAAAGCAGCUUCACUCUGCUGUAAAGCUUUUGUCUUCUGUUCGCUUGUGAAAUUAGCUCUCAUUCCUGUGGGUUUCAUUUUGAAACAGAGAUAAACACAAAGCUCAUACAGAGUGGGUGAUUUUUUCAAAUUUCGCAGACGAUGCUUGGCAGGUAAAUCUCCACUUUAUAUUUUCAGUAUCUAACGAGCCAGAUGGUGAUGAGGUAAUGUGUCGUUUUCCAAGAUGCUCUGUUGCAAAAUGUACAGUCACUCUAGCAAGACGUUUUAUCAACUCUGCUGCAAAUUCAUGUAUUUUAAAUGUACGUGAGGGGUGUGUGUGUGUGUGUGUGUAUGUGUGUGUGUGUGUGCUUCCUGUGUCUGCCAGUUUGCUGGUGUUAUCAGCACAUUCCAUUGUUUCGUGGCACAAAGACACAUUCCUCUUUUCCUCAAAACUGGUUCAUUUUCUCCUCCAGUUUAUUACAAUAGAACCACAUGAGUUUCAACAUCAGACACGUAAAACUGUAUCAUUGUUUGAGUUUUUGUUUUAUUUUUGUAGGGCUGCCCCCCAAUAGUCAACCAAACGUUAGUCGACCAGAGAGAUCAUUAGUCAGCAAGAUUUCAUUGGUCACUUAAUCGCAGGAAGAAAAAAAAAAAGCUCUUGAAAGCUGGCACAAGACUAGCGCCCAGCAUCUGGCCUCGCAUUUCCAGGCAGUUAAAGACAUGGCAUGUAUAUACAUGGCAUGUAUAUAGCCCCUAAUUUCCAGGGCUGGUACCUGCGGUUAUUCCACAGGCUAGUUAAUAACAUGUCGGGCAGGAAAUCCAAAGUGUGGGAUCAUUUUGA